AUGUCGCGUCCCAGCACGGUCGCUGCCCGAUGCGCCGCGCUAGGGACUUCGAUUGCUCAGGUCAUCCCGGACAUCAGCAGUUUUGCGCGAAAAGUCCGCCAUGCGCGGCACGAUUUGAACACCAUCAACACUCACCUAAUUGUUAUCAAGACAGCUCUUGGUAUUGCACAGGACGACUUUUCAGCGACAUGGGGCGAGUUGCCCCCGUCUCUUGUUGAUGCUGUAUCACGAGUGCUCGAUUCUUGUGAUGACACGAGCGAGCGCUUGCAUAAAGCGUUCGUCAAGCUCUCCUGUAGCGGCCAGCCAAAGGAUGAUUGGAGGGCGCUCAAGGACGGGCCGUUGGUGAACUUACGCCAUGACCUCGAUGCCUCAAAGGUCGUUCUGGAGUUGGCGCUAGACUACAUCACGCUAUUUGGCCAGCAAGACACAAUGGACUCUUUGGUGCAGAACUAUGUUAGCGGUUCUGUCACGCAAAGUGAUGACCUGCUGAAAAGGACUGACACGGAUGAAAUAUAUGUCAACCAAACAGCGCGAGAUAGGCUAUCUUCGCUAUUACAGGCAGUGCGUCUACUGCGAUCAUGCAUAACAGCUAUAUCAAGAGAAGGUGUUCCGUCAGGAUCGCAACGAGAAAGGAGGACCAUUAUCCCGCGGCCAGACUCAUUGGAACCUGCACUUGGUGAGACGCCGCGGAGUGGAAGGAAAAGUCCUAAUGAAAAGGCGCCGUCAACUAAAGAGGAGGGAAUUGGCACAUGGCUGGCGAAUAUUCCCUCGUUUACAGAUGCGCAGCCGUUAUCCUAUUCUUCCAUGGAGCGGACAACUGUUACAAGACUGGAGAUACCGCCAUCGCGGAACGAAAUGACGCCGUCACGUGGCACGUUCUACACAGACGACGGUCUAUCACCCAAUGCAACUCUUGUAGCGCCAGAGUCACGAUUGAAGAAGUCUUACAGCUGGUGUACUGACUUGUCAGGAAAAGCAAGCACUCGGUUACAGCUAGCAUCAAAACAUGCGUCGAGACACGCAUCUAGGUACACAUCAACGUUUUCUGGCUCAGACGUCUCCAUCUUCCACAAGAAGAUCACAUCCGACAAGAUAGCCGUCACAAAAGCCAAGAGAAAAGAGCUAGGACCAGGCCAGAGAGCAGCACUCGACAGGAUCCUAACAAACAUCCCAUCAGAAGCAACAGCAGCCGAAGUAGAAAGAGUUAUCUGGGAAGGCGCAAGUCCAAUGGCAUCGCACCCAGAAUUUGGCUACUUCUUCAUCCGAGCAGCAUACGAGAUGUCACCGGAUAUCCUAACUCUCCUCAUAGAGUUCGGGGCCGACAUUACCCGCACAAACUCCCCUUCUGCAGUGUACUACUCCGCCAUGCAUGCCGCAACUCUAGGACGGCAACUCGAAACCGUCAGGUAUCUUGCGUCGCUAGGUCAUUCAAUCGACUGCCCGGAUCACAACGGAGAGACACCACUUCACCUCGCCGUGCAGACUCCCGGCGCGUCUCCCAUCGCAAAGUACCUGGUGGAAGCGGGAGCAGACAUCGACUACGAAGCGAAGAAUGGGUUAACACCCAUACAUUCGACACUAAAAGCCAUGAAAUUGGAGGGCAGAGAGCGGAGUAGCUUGAUCGAGCUGCUGCUUGCCCAUGGUGCGGAGGGAGCGGCGGAGGUGAAGAGAGUCAUGGAGUGCAGACGGGAUGAUAAGAAGGGACGCAGUGUGCUGGGAAUAACAUAG